AUGAUUAUAAUAGAAAUGAGUAAUCGCUCUUCUUCGAAGAAGGUAGAAUCUAGUCGAUUCAGCUGCAAGCAAGUGACUGUCGCAAGGAAUCAAAAGGAAUCAAACAGAAUGUUCCCUCAGUCGGUGUCUGCUGUUUUGAUUGUAACUUCUCUGGCACUGUCUGUUGUGCACACAUCCGAGAUUCCAAAAGGUCAGAUUCCUGAUCUUGACACGGCCGUGGCUCCUGGGGCGGGGACUGCUAGAAGUGUCGAAGAUGACGAGGUGUGGUGUAUGCCAGAACAGGUACACCUGUCUUUGGGCAAUGUGACGUCUGAGAUGGUGGUGAUGUGGGCCACACGAGGCAACUGUGAUUCUGUCGUCCAUUACGCUGCACACCCAUGGAACCUUGAUCUUACUGCUAGCGGCUCAUGUGUGGAGCUAGAGAAUGUUGGCAAUAAAAGUUUGAAGUACCUUCAUCGAGCUGUCCUUAAGGAUCUGAGUCCCAACCUGACCUACUACUAUCGGCCAGUUGUCAAGAAUGGUGUGGGUUCCAAUUCUCUCCUCUUCAAGACAUCUCCGUCCAGUAGCAGCUGGUCUUCCAAGUUUUUAGUUCUCAGUAGCACUGGGUCAGAGAAUGACCUCAUGAACUCUGUGACCAGGGAGGUGCAGUCUGGACAGUUUGCUUCCUUACUUUACAACGGAGAGCUAGGGCCAGCAGAAAGGACGGAGGACUGGGAGGGGAUCGACGAGUCGGAGGAUUUCCUGACACGAGCAGAGCAAGCGGUGGCCACGCUGCCUGUGUUGAUCGCGCCACAGAGCAAAGAUGAGGGCGCGUCGGGUCCGGACGUGAACAAACACUUCUCCAUGCCGGGCUGGGGGUGGCCGCAGUCGGUGGACAGACCCUGGUACAGUGUGGACGUGGGUCUGGUACAUCUGGUCAGUUUCUCCACUGACCUGAUAUUUGCGGAGGACACGACAAAAGCCACAGCUCAGCGUGACUGGCUUGUCCGCGACCUCACGGAGGUUAAUCAGCGCAGGAACGAGACACCCUGGGUUAUUGCCCUUGGCUCACACCCCAUGUACUGUUCCUACGGCAACCCAAGCUCAGAUGACUGUGCUAUGAAUACUUCCAAAGUCCGCCAUGCCCUAGAAGACAUGUUCUACCACUUUGCCGUGGACCUAGUGUUAGAGUCGGGGUUCCCGGGCUACGAGCGAGGCUGGCCCCAGUACAAGGGGGUCCUGGUGGAUGAGUCGUACUGGCAGCCGCGCGCUCCCGUGGAGAUCGUACUGGGCUCCCGGGCCGGGGAUGGGGCCGGGGCUCAGAACAAGAACAACACAGUGGAAUGGUCGGCGCUGCAUUUACCGGAGGCCGGAGGUCACAGCUUUGGCCGUCUGACCGUCGCCAACGCCAGUCACCUCCUGUGGGAGCUGUGCGAGGAAAGCAAGAUGGCCGUCCUGGACAGUUUCUGGCUGGUGCAGUCGACGCACGGGAACUUCAGCCUGGCCAACCUGCCGCACAACGUGAGUCACCAGAUUAACCAGACCAUCAUCGCCAUGGGGGGAAAACCUGGCACCUACGACUUCAUCAGCGGCGACAAGGCGGGCGGGGCGGGGGAGGGCUGGUCCCAGUACUCGCUGUGGAUCGGUCUGGGCGCGCUCUCCUGUGUCUUGCUGCUAGUACUGGGUCUGGUCACGCUGCGCUCGUGUCUGCGACGGCGCCGCGCCAAGUCGGGCCGCAGGUGGCGGGAGAUGGACCGCAACGGGGGCGGUGCGGGGAACUUCUACUCCGUCGGGUCGGACUCGGACACAGACGACAACGACUUUGAGAUUGACGUCUAUGACAAGACCAACAAACAGAGCUCCAAGCUGCUCACUUCGUACUAAGUCUGGGGUUUAGGGGAUUCUUUUUAGGUAUUUACUAGGCACAGGGUGACUAUAGGCACAGGGUGACUACAAAUCUGUUCAAAGUACUUUUGGUUCCACAGAACAUACCAGUAGUUGGAGAAACUGUCGCUGUCGUGACAUUUCCCCGGCACUGAUGUCAGACAUGUUUUGUUGCCGUCUACUGUAGAGGCUGAGAUGUGCCAAGCCGACACGACUGAAUGUCCAGUGACUGCGGUCAAAGAGACGACUGUUUUGAUACACAAGUACAGGCCAUUGACUCGCCAUUGGAGAUACUGACUGCAAACCGGAGGACCAGUUUCUCAGACAAUGUGUCUGCUUCAAAGAAAAAAAAUAGUUACAGGUUGUUUUUUUAUGCAGUGAAAACUGGAAAAUGUAAGCCUACACAAAUGUUUUGUAGAAGAUGGUAGUUGGGGCCUACUGGUUUGAUUUCUGUCUGAGAGCUGUUCCCAUCCCUAUAAAAAGAAGUGCUUACAAGCACUUCUAUUACAACUAACAGUAUUUAUGGUAGAGAUGAAUAUAGAUUUGUAAUUCAGAGGAAUAUAUACAUAUUCAUUGCCAACUGACUUUAUUUGGAAAUCAGAUUGACUGAUGCCAAUUUAGCGCCCCGGCUCUGUUUAUGUGACUUCCCUGAUGUAGAAAUAUGCUUUGUUGUUUGACUGAGUUAUUGCUUCAUCAGUGGGUGAGAAGGCUACAUUUGAACGUAUUUGCUUCAUCAGUGGAUGAGAAGGCUACAUUUGAACGUAUUUGCUUCAUCAGUGGAUGAGAAGGCUACAUUUGAACGUAUUUGCUUCAUCAGUGAAUGAGAAGGCUACAUUUGAACGUAUUUGCUGCAUCAGUGGAUGGGAAGGCUACAUUUGAACGUCUCUACAAGUUUUUCAAGCAUAGAUGAUUUUGUAAAGUUCACCAAUAAUGUUUACUAUGAUAGAGAAAUCCCUUGUAGUUAAACAGUGUGUUUGUGAUAUGGAGGCAUGGUGUUUUGUAACUUUCCUAAUACAUAUAUUUGAUAUUUGCUGAUCAGAAGGCACCAUAACACAGUCAUGUCUGUGUUCCUGUCUGCCAAGUUCUGGAUGUUUUGGUCAAGGAUUUGUCUCAUCUGAUUGUCAUUUUUACACUGAUAAUCUUGCGACAUUGGUUAUUUUGACUUGGUUAUUAUUCAUUUCUUAAAACCAUGUUAUUUGGAAUGUCCCGUCGGACCUUUAAGCUUUUCGCUGUAUUCUUGUCUGUUUUUGGUUUUUCAUCGUUGAAAAUGAAAAUGUACCAAUGGGGUGUAGCCUUGAUGGAGAGGGGAGACCACAGAAGAAAAUGCUUCAGCUUGAGACAUUCUGUGAGAGUCUGUUGAAGACGUGGCAACACUUGACACUUGAGAGUGAAUAACACGAACCUAUCGGUCGCUCGUCAUCUGGAGUGAGUUGUUGUAAGUCGCAGUAUGUGUGGUGCGUAUGAGAAAAAUUAAUUUCCGCCGCCAAAUGUGUGCUUUAUUCUACACAGCACUGAUUGCUCAAAAUCAUAAGCAUUAUUUGAUCCAAAGCAGAGGAGUUUGUGUUUAUUGUUUUGUCUACGGUUUAAUCACUUUCAAUUCAGUUGUUAUGACAUGAAGCUCAGGCUGGCUGACUGAGUUCAUAAGACGAAAUAGUUUACACAUGUCUUAUUCAUUUUGCAAAUAUAAUUUGGGACCAACAUUUUUUUUUCAAUGAUGGGUCUGAUUACUUUUCCUGUAUUAAAAUUCUUCAUUUAACAAAAUGUAAUAAGAUUACUCUGACAGCCAAGUCUCAGUUUCUUCAAUGGGAAUUCAGCCAGUAAUUAACACCAGAAAGGACCAUUUGGUGGUGCCUGUUUUGUAAUAGUUGUCUUCUCUACUUUGUAGGCCAGACGUGUGAGUUCAGUCCCCUUGUGGCAUCUGAUGGUCUGGGGGGAUGUCUUCUCCCUGUCAUCUUAAUGAUCCUCAUCAAAGUGCAAGUGAAAGAUGCAUCAAUUUCACAUUUUACUUCUCAUUUUCAGUUUCGGAUUUAGUCUGAAAGAGAUGGUUUCCUUUGGAAAUAUUUUACUUGUUGGAGUGGCAUUGAAGGGUAGCGUUCUUUGGACAGGUAGGUGUGUGGUGUGUCCUUCAUCAAAGCGAGUUGACCGUGCCUGCUAGGUGUGCUGCGAUGUAGUGACCGAUGUGGGAUUUUGUGAUGUGCGUUGAGUAGAAGAGGGGUGUUGUUGUGCAAUAUUGAUGAACUAUCUAUAGAUCUGUUGUGAUUUGGAGUUUUGGACACGGAUGAAUGUAAUCAUCUUUUGUUCUUUUCUUUUUUUCUGUUUCAUUUUCAUUUCAGCCAUUAUUAAUGAAUAUUCCAUUUCUGUGAUAUGUCGUCCUACUUUGUGACAUGGCAGGUUUUGUCAGUGUCCACUGAUUGUGUUUUGUUUUUUGACUUGAGCUCACCACUUCUCUGAACCUUUGUAUGAUGGUGACAAAUUCUUUUGUGUGUUGCAGGGUACCCGCACAUUUUUGCAAACAGCUUCUCUGUAGCGGGGAGUGGCCAGUUUGGCAGCAUUUUGAUAUUUCCUGUCGCAGUUGGCUUGUUUCAUUUUUUGUGUGGGUUUUGUUCAGAUAUUACUUUUCAGACUUUUUUCACUUCUAAUUAUUUCUGCACUCACAGAAACUCACUGAUUGUCAAUUGAGUCCUCUCAAAGUAUUUAUUUUGCUGGCUUUCUGUAACAAAUUGUGUCACAAUGAGGUGGAAUCAGGCACUUGUCAAUUUUUGGGCAUGUGGAGUUAUUGGUAUCGUCUUUAAGCUUGUUCAUUUCUCUUGUUUUUGGUGAAAAAAA